GUGGAGGAGAGCCAAAUGGAGGGCGGCUGCGGUGGUGGAUGCAGAGGCAGGCUCUCAGGCGGCAGCCUGCUACCUCACUCAGGCUGUGAUUCCCUCUUAGGCUUCAUACCAUGGCUCAGUUGCCAAGGAAGCCCCAACGAGGACCAAAUGAAUCACUGUGUGAAAGCCUUCCAGGAGAGAACGCAGAGAUACAAGGAACAGCAGCAGGAACUGAACUGCUGUGUGGCUCGCGCCCAGGUCCUGAAGCCCAUCUGCUCCGAGGACACAGUGCUGUGGACGCUGCAUGAGUAUGCCAAGAAGUAUCACCCCCUGACUCUGGAGUGCAAGAAUGUGAAAAAACCGCUGGAGGAGCCGCCCAUCCCUGGCUGGGCAGGCUUUUUGCCCAGAGCCAGGGUCACCGAAUUUGGCUGUGCCACAAGGUAUACCAUCAUGGCCAGAAAGUGCUACGAGGACUUCUUGAAUCUGGUGGAGCAGGCCAAGAGGGCACGACGGAAAUCUUAUGAACAGAUAUAUAGUGUGAGCUCCACCCAGCCUCCUGAUGCGUCUCCAAAAGUAUCACAGCGUCAUGGUCUCCCACCUGAAUACCCAGAAUCCUCUGUGCCAGGUCAAACACCCCCAGGCGAGGGCUCCCGAGCUCCUGGAACCUGUGGCUGUGCUCAGUGGUCCAGUCUGUCAUGCAGCAGGAAUGUGUAUGGGGAGCCACCAUCCUCAGCAAGGAAUUUUGCAGAGGCUUAGAAUCCCGCCUCCUCCCAAGAGAUGUGAGCCUUAAGGGAGUUCAGAAGCCUGCUGCGUUUGCAUCAAAACCAGCCGCUCACACUCUUUGAGCAAUGAGGAGAUUUAAUAAUAAUUCUUUAACCACUAUCUGUGCCCUGAGUGACUGGCAAUGUCACCCAUGACAAUCUUUGAGUAGAGAAGUUACCUCUCAA